AGCUAUAAAAGCCCCACUGCAUUGUCUGCUGCAUUGAGUGUGAGAGCACAAGCCCAACAAUGACCAGCCAAUCCCAUGGAAUCCAUCAUCUUAUACAGGCAGAGAAAAAGGCCAAGGAAAAGCUCGAUGAAGCUAAAAAACGAAAAGCAAGACGUCUAAAGCAAGCAAAAGAUGAAGCUCUAGCGGAAGUGGAAAAUUAUCGUCAAAUGAGGGAAAAUGGCUUUAAAAACAAACAAACAGGUAUAAUGGGAUCUCAAGGUAAAUUUUCUCUCGAGGUGGAUGAGCAAACAAAAAACAAGAUCCAGACCAUCAACAGCGACUUCAACCAAAACAAAGAGAGUGUUUUGAAGCAACUAAUUGACAUGGCUUGUGGAAUCAAGGCUGAGAUUCAUGGCAACUAUCGAGGAUAAAAAUAAUUGUACCCUGUAUCAAACUGUAAACGUUCAAGGUGUUUAAAUCUUCAUCAUCUAAGGUAGAAUGGUUUUUCCUGCUCUCAACAAAAAAUAUAUUUUAAAAACUUAAAUUCCUCUUUCUUUUAAUGUGCCAUGUAACGAUGAUCCAUUUCUAAUUUGCUUUUUCUUAGUCAAAGAGGGGCAUUGGUUAGUGAAUAUAUACAAAAUAUAAAUGUUGCUACCAAAAUUAUAAGAAUUUAAACAGCUUUCUUACCCAGUGGUCUCCAAGGAUUUCGACACACUAUGUAUUAUGACAAACCUUUAUAAUUUAAAAUUACAAGCUUCAAAAAACAUUCUAGUAUUGAUUUGUACUGUUUUAUUUUUUUUUAAUCUUUCUUGAUUCUCCUACCGAGAGCAUUGUAGAGUUGCAGGCAAAGUCUCAUUGGGAAUGCAUGGGCUAUGUCGGGAGCCAAUGAAGUACUAUGAAGCCAGAAUCUACAGAAUAGGUAAACAUUUUCAGCAGGAGCAUUUUAUCCAGGGAAAAUUAUGUGAGGUGCAUAAAAACAGCAACCAUCAUCAAUUUGCAGUACUGUUUUUCUUUUUAUUUUACAAUAUUUUAAAUGCCAUAUACCACCAUUUUGUUCUUAAAUUAGUAAUUUGUAGAUAGCUCCUUACCCUGAAUGUCAUGCUUGAAAUCAGCAGACAAAAAUUCCUCUGUUGAUUUUUGCCCUUCGAUGCUGCAGCACCUGCAUUCUCUCUUGGCAGGGGCUGUGUAUGUACAGGGGAUUGUGAAUUGUGUGUACUUUAGAAAAAUAAAGUCUUCUAAAUAAAUAAACUGGUUUCUGCUUAUUUUAAGACUUUAUUUUUUAUAUGUUGAUGUCUUCUUGCAAAAAGAAUGUUGAAAGCAAUCCAAAACAUGAAUUUGUUUUAAAUGUGCUCUGUGUAGCAAGAACUGUGUGUCUGCUCAUGUUAUUUGUAAAAGUAUACCCUGUAAGGAGUUAAAUGUCCUGCAGGUGGUGCUGGUGUAUGUGUUUAUGAGUUUCUAGUUGGUUGUUUAUGUAUGUCUUUAGUAAUUGAUAGUGAGUGGGAUAUAGACAUUAAAAGCUGUCACUAAACCACUUUUUUAAACCUUGAACUAACUAUAAAAAUACACAAAAUGGCAACUACUGGACAUGUAAUUCAUAGCUGACUUAAAAAAAAAAAAAAACAACCAACAUGAUAAUGUUAUCACUGGCAACAUUUACAAUAAAAAUGGAUUGAGGUAGUAUGCUAUCA